AUGUUCAGUAUUGGACUUAUUAAUUGUUUAUAUUCUGAUAUUAUUUCUAAACUUAGAACUAUAAUUACCGAAUGUUACCACAUUUCGCAACCAGUCAGGGGUGAGUUUGAUCAAUUUGGGUUUAUUUUUGUUUCAGGUCCGGUAUUGUUGAAGGUAAUGGGGACAUGUAACGACAAUGAACUUUUACUAUCGAUGAUAUCUGAACACAUGAAGGGAGCACAGGCUGAGAAUUUGAUUUGCAAUGGAAGCAGGAGUCCUUACUGUAUUGUCAUAGAUUCUAUUCGGAUGGUUGUAAGUGCUAUGUUGUAAUUUGCAUGUUAGUUUAGGGCAAAAGUGUUAUUCCACUUAUUUUCGUGACAAACGCGGUCAAAUUCAAGUAUACAAUGGCUUUGCUGGACGGAUUGAUUAAUUCGUGAGUGUUGGUAGUAUUUUUUAAUUUUGCUUUAGGCUUGUACCAUGUGUUGUGAUCGUAUCUUGCAAUGACAGUCACUCAAUUCAUCUUCCUGCUCUUAUGGAGCAAUCUAUUAUCACAGAGCACUUUACUAUGAAGAAUCCUGUGCUAGUAUUGAAAGACGUGACCUACAGGUUGUUUUGCUUUCUGCCAGAGAUGACUAAUCUUUUUGUAGGGGGUGAACUUAUGUUAUACCUUUACAAUCGGUUUGUGGAGUCAAUACAGUCUUUCAUGGAUAUGAAUAUUAUGGUGAAUAUGGCAAUGGCUGAUCAUUUGUGUCGGCAUGAACGUCGUAAAGUCCCUAAAGUGUCAUUCCAAGUCUUCAUAGCUGUUUACAAAGUAUUUUCUAAAUUCUUAAGGACAGCCAGUAUUCUAUCGCCUUAUGACAUUAGAACUUCAAGUGGUGUUGAUCUGGGAUAUUAUGUUGAGAUGCAGCAGGAAGAUGGUUAUGUGGACAAGAUCUGUGCUAGGUAAGGUCAUUUUUUUUAUGAUUGUUUUAUUUUUUAGGAUAAAAAGUCAAUCCUUAAUGAAGGGAAAGGAAGACUGGCUUCGAUUAUUUGAAUAUGCAGAUGAAGUUAUUAAAGAAAUCGAACCAGACAAAGUUUUCAAUGAACUCAAAAAAAGCUUGAAGACUCUAAAGGGUGUCGUUGAGAAGACUGAAGUGGUAUCAACUAUUGAAUUAAUGAGUAAGUUUAAUUUUUAAUAUCUUGGUUUAUUGUUACGUAUUGUUUAUAUUUAUGUACGUUUAUAUAAUUACUGACUCUUAAAGUUUUUUUUUAAUUUAUAGAACAGAACAUGAACAAAAGUCCAUCAAGAAGGAAACCAAUCAAGGAUCAACACCAAUUCCUUGGAGUAAUUGAAGAAAUGCACAAGUUUUUCGACCUUCACCUCAACCAUCUUCCCAAAGAUGUAUUUGUACAGUUACCCCGUAAUCUGACACGAAAAGACAUAUCAGAUGUACCCAAAACAGCCAUUGUCAAAGAACUUAUCGAAUAUGGAUGUUUAUAA